AUGUACACCUACGCGGUGAACGCGACGCUUGGGGACGACGUCUACAGCGAGCCUACCAUGUUAGCAUUAGAGGCGCAUAUGGCGAAGGUCACCGGGAAGGAGGCCGCGCUCUUCAUGCCCUCCGGGACCAUGUCCAACCAGAUUGCGCUCCGCACGCACCUGCACCAGCCCCCGUACACGAUCCUCUGUGACCACCGCGCGCAUAUCUACAAGCACGAGGCCGGUGGUGCUGGCUUCCACUCUGGCGCUGCAGUUACGCCUGUUAUUCCCGCGAACGGCCACCACCUUACGCUACCCGACGUUCAGGCGCAUUCUAUUCUGUCAGACGACAUACACAUUGCCCCGACGAAAGUCAUCUCGCUCGAGAACACGCUCAAUGGCACCAUUUUUCCGCAGGAAGACAUCAUCGCCAUCUCCGAGUGGGCACGCGCGAACGACCUGAAGAUGCAUCUCGACGGCGCGCGCAUAUGGCACGUCGCCGCCGAGACGGGGUCCACGGUCUCCGAGCUCUGCGCGCCGUUUGACACCGUAAGCUUGUGCUUUAGCAAGGGUCUCGGCGCUCCCAUUGGCUCCUGUCUCGUCGGCCCCGCGCCCUUCAUCCGCAAGGCGCGCUGGUUCCGCAAGCUAUUCGGGGGCGGCAUGCGCCAGACGGGAAUCCUCGCCGGCGCCGCCGCCUACGCCCUCACGCACAACUUCCCCAAGCUCGCGCAGGUGCACGCCCUGGCACGCACGCUCGAGGAGGGGCUGCGGGAGAUCGGCGUGAGGAUUAUGAGCGGCGCGGAGACGUGCAUGGUGUUCUACGACCCGGCGCCCAUUGGUACGACGUACGACGAGAUUGCGGACCGCGCGAGCGAGCUUGAGGAGCCCUUGGUCCUGGGCGGCUCCCGUUUGGUCGUGCACAUCCAGACUACGCCGGAGGCCGUGCAGGACUUCCUGUCGAUCGUGCGCUCGCUAAAGGAGGAAAAGGCGCAGGCCGGCUUCGUCCCCUCGGCGGAUAUCCUGGCGUCGGCGCCAACGGAUGUGUAUGUGAGGAGACUGCCGAAGGUGAGUUGGUUGUGA